AACUCAACCAGUUUCAUUCUAGUUUUUAGAAUUUUAAUGUUCAAUAAAACAGAAGUUGACUUGUAAUAUUUGUUCAAAAUUGUAUUUAUCAAUUUUAAAUUUCCGUGUGCUAAAUUCGCAGAUAUCAAAUCUGCAGAAGAAAAGUAAUCUCAACCCUAAACAUGGAUCGAAGAAAGACUUCAGUUAAAAAAAGUAUAAAAAAGAGUAUUUUGCGGCCAUCUUUAGUUAUCAAAUGUAAUUUCGUCUUUGACAUUAUCGUUACAAAUUUCUAUACUCCGCAAUUGAAAACGGAUGAUAAGAACAAGUUAAGCAUCGGUGUACAGUUUAAUCGAAAACCAAUAGAAAUAACCGGAAAUCGAAUCAAUGUCAACGAUUUCGUAAACGGAACUGGCACCGAAUUCCAAAUAAAUCCAUAUAAACUUCGUCAGACUAUCGAAGAAUGUGGCAUGCCAGUGUCAGUUAAGUAUAAUGGCAUUUUAAUCGGCUCUGGUCAGCUGCUCUUUCCCGAGAGCUUCACCGAGAAUAUUGCCGAGGAUAUGACAGAUUUAAUGCACUCAGAUACAUGUAAUUUUCAGAAAAAUGGUGAAGUGGUGGGCAGCAUAGAGUUUCUGCUACGUUUGCUAAUCAAAUGCGAGGAGAACAAAGGACCAAGUGAAUGUCGUCAGUUCAUGGGCAGUUGCAUCAGUCCUCAUGAUAUUCUGUUUCUCGUCAGCGAAUCUCAGAAAUGUCCGCAUCCCUGUGAUCCUUGCUUAGAUGCCUGGGAGCAGGAAGAGGGUGAUGAGCGCAUCAACUUAGAUCUGCUGCGCUAUCAGACUGUCAAGCCUCCUCCAAGUACAGCUGAAACCCUUCUAUAUAAUCCUGGUCUCGAUGCCAUCAGCUGUGAGCUUAAAAAAAUGACUACGGAUUGUGUCAGCACUAUAGACACCAUACUCAAGGGCACAAAGCGACCGACGCCGCCUUGCCGCACCGCAGACAGCCUGCGAGGUCCUUGCGAUGGACCUUGCUCCCAAGCCGAAGAGCAAGCUGCCGCUCCAGCUGUACUCAAUUUCUCUGCUCCCAAAAUGGAGGUUUCUGUUGGCGACAGCAAGAAAAAGGACAUAAAGCCCUCUCGCUUCUGUCCCGGCUGCCUGGCCAACAUGUCCUGGCUGCCCCUGUUCGCUGCUUGCCCCAAAUGCGGCUUAAAGCCCUCGCCUGUGGCAGGCGAAGAGAAGCCACUGAAAGCGGAUAACAUAAUUCUCGAGUAUCUGGGCAAAUCAAAGCAAACAGUAGACGAUUACUGUAAGUUGCCUUGCGACAAACCGGAAGAGAAAAAGAAACCCGAGCACGUUUGUCGUUGCACCUGCAAAUAUGGCAAGAUCUGUGCGUAUUGUCGCAUUCGAGAGCAAUGCGCCGACUUUAUAAAUCUGCAGCAGCCAGCUACGUCACCCAAAGUGGAAUCAGAAGAGGAGCAAGUAGAUUACUGCGCGAUGGAAGAGAAGCUAGAGGAAAAGUCCUCGCGACCAUUUCUAUCACGAGUCUUUUCCGAGUUGCGCGACAUGUACGACAUCAAGGAUGCUGUGCGACCUGAGGAUUUCGAGAAGAGCACCGAGCAAACCAGGCGAAAAUCAACUAAACCUCCGCUACCCUUUUCGGCGAAAGCCAGGAAAAGUUCGAUUACAAAAAAACCAAAGGCUAAGAAGGUGAAAAAGGUGGCCAAAGAGCCCAACAGACUGAUUAGCUCCUUGCACAAGUCGUGCGCCAAGAAAAGUCGUGGCGUCUCUCAGCGGCAUGGCUGGGACUGGUCUUCCACCAGGGAGGCAAGGAAACAUGGCUGGCGUCCCGGUGCCGUGCUCAAACCGAUUAAAAAGGUAAUGAAAUACUUUCUGGAAUACACGCCAGAUCAAGCGCCCUUGGCCAUCUGCAAGAAGAUGAUGCAGCAAGCCGAGGAACAAGAACGUCAGCUGCCCACGCUCAAUAUGUGCAAGAAGAAUGGCGAAAUCUUUGUCACACUGCGAGCCAUCAACACGGACAACGUGAAGAUGAAACCGAUUGUGUUCAAGAUAGUGAAAAGCGAUCUGGCCGUGACCUUGCAGCAGAUAAAACGCAAGCUCAAAGACUUGGGCUUCUCCAAAUGCACUUGCCAUCAAUCGUUGAUGCUGUGCGUCUGCCGUGCUCCAGUGGAGAAGAAAGCUCUCGAGGCAGCGCUGCAAAUGGAGUGUCAUCGUCGUGGUAUGGAGAGCUGUGUGGAGCAUCUAGUGCUCACAGACACAAGUGAGAGUGACAUGGAGUUUGACUUCGAUGUCACGCCUCCAGCAGCUGUGGCGAAGCAGCUGGCUGAGGUGAGGCCAAGAAUGAAUCACAGCACACAGACGCUGGGCAAGCAGGAUCUAAAGGUUAAGCCACUGUAUCCCAUACAGAACGAUUCCUUCUACAUCCGCACCUAUGACUGUGCUUUGGGCGAUCGCUACACGGGCACAGCGUACGGCAAACUCGGUGAACAGGUGUUCGAGGACGGUCUCUUUGGCUACAAGCAGGGUGGACCACAUGGUGAGCCAGCUAAUCCAGGUGGACGCCUCAGAUCGAAUGUGAUUUGGGGGUCCAAGCCAGGUGGUCCGAUGCAGGGUGGCGGUCGCUUUGGGCCGCAGAGGAAUGUUGGUGGCAAGACAUUCCCUGGUGCACCGAAGAAGAAGCAAGGCCAGAGCAAACCGAUUCCGGUGAGAAUGCCACAGAAAUUCUACAAGGCAGCUGCUGCAGCAGCCGAAGCUAAGAAGGCCGAAGCAGAGAAAUCGAAGCAGAAGAAACCCACAGACAUGAUGGAGUACAUGAUGAAGAAGGGAGCUGUGUCCAGACCAUGGAAUCCAGCGGCAAAUGCGUAUUAAGCUGCAGAAGAA